UCUCCAAUUUGAAACUCACCGUUUCUCACCGUUUCUCUCUCUCUCACUCUCACUCCCAAACUCAGCCAAAAACUCCAACGCUCAGCCAAAAACCCCAAAACACACAGACGCACACGCAUGCACCUCUUCUCAGCCGGCCAACCGUCGAAUUUCAAAACCGACCGCCAUACGCACACCGCAGCCAAUCAACAGCCGCGACCUCACCUCCCAUGGACUUCGUCGCCGGCUCUCCGUCACCGGUGACGGCACCCCGGCCCAACUCCAAAACGGCGUCGGUUCCGGUCCGCGAGGACUGCUGGAGCGAGGACGCGACCUUCACGCUCAUAGAGGCCUGGGGCGAGCGCCACCUCAACCUCAACCGCGGCAACCUCCGUCAGAAGCACUGGGAAGAAGUCGCCGACGCCGUUAACGCCUGCCACGUCACUGCCGACAACCCCAGGUCCCGCCGUACGGACGUCCAGUGUAAGAACCGCGUCGACACCCUCAAGAAGAAGUACAAGAUCGAGAAGGCUAGGGUUUCCGACUCCAAUGGCGACUACACCAGCCCCUGGCCCUUCUUCUCUCUCCUCGACUCCCUCAUCGGCUCCAAAUUCCCCAAGCCCUCGCCGCCGCUCCCUCGCCGGAGCACUCCCUCGCCCCCGCUGCAGUGGACUUUUCCAGUUGGUCGGAGAUCGGCAACAGUCAAACGGCCGGCGGCGGCGUUUUUUCCGGCACCUGGAGACGAACCGGUGUUGAAUCAAAACUUGGAUUUCUCGGCGUUUGCAGCGGUAGCUGCGGCGGCGGCGGCGGAGAGCGAAGAGUCCGAGGGGUCGCCGUCGAGGUCGAGCGUGGGAGGGAGUAGGAUGAGGGAUCGUGAUAGGGAGGUUGGUUGUGUGGAAUUGGCUAUGGCCAUAGAGAGGUUUGCGGAGAUAUACGAGAGAGUAGAGCAGAGGAAACAGAGGCAGAUGGUGGAGUUGGAGAAGCAGAGGAUGCAAUUUGCUAAGGACUUGGAGUACCAUAGAAUGCAGCUUUUCAUGGAAACAACGAAGCAUCAGCUUCGAAAGAUAAAGCGCGCCAAGCGGUCAUCUUCAUCUCCUGGUCGUCAAUUACUUAUAGCCGACGAGGUUUGAUAGUCACCGGCCAGUGUGAUUUGCCUCUUUUUGAAAGGUAUAGAUCGAUUCUAACUUAUGGAAGGAAAUGCAUAUGGUUUUACCUUAUUUUGGGUACGAGUAUUUACUAGAAGUUACUUGGUAGUGAUGAGAAUUAGAAGGAAAUGCAUAUGGUUUUACCUUAUUUUGGGUACAAGGAUUUACUAGAAGUUACUUGGUAGUGAUGAGACAAUUGUUGGUUGUAAUACCCCCUGCUUGUGAAGUAAAUUAGUUGCCUUCUCACUUUUGGGAACCUGGAAAAGUAUAUACGUGAUAGAGCUAAGUACAUAAUCUCUGUCUAUCUCUGUCUCUUUCAUCAUGUAUUCUUAAGCCAGAUAGUCAUGAAAAGUAUUUAUACAUAACCAGUGUCAUUUUUUUUCUUUUUGGUCAAACAGUGUCAUUUUUCUUUUUCAAUAGAAGUCAGCAGUGGAGUUUGAAAA